UUGACACCAAAUCUGAUUAUUUGCACUGUAAAGCUUUUUCCUGUCACGUGCCGGUUUUCACAAACUCAGACUUUUGUGAAAAGAGGAGAAAAUGUCUCAUGUGAGUGUUGUGUUUCAGGCCCCCCCGGCACGGGAAAGACCACCAGCAUCCUGUGUUUGGCUCGCGCUCUGCUGGGAGCCUCCAUGAAGGACGCCGUGCUGGAGCUCAACGCCUCAAACGAAAGGGGGAUCGAGGUGGUGAGGAACAAGAUCAAGAUGUUUGCUCAGCAGAAAGUCACGCUGCCCAAAGGACGACACAAGAUCAUCAUCCUGGACGAAGCCGACAGUAUGACAGACGGAGCCCAGCAGGCGUUACGGAGGAUCAUGGAGAUCUACUCAAAGACGACGCGUUUCGCUCUCGCCUGCAACGCCUCCGAUAAGAUCAUCGAGCCGAUCCAGUCCCGCUGCGCCGUGCUGCGUUACUCCAAACUGACGGACGGACAGAUCCUGGCCCGGCUGCAGGAGGUGGUGGAGAAGGAGCAGCUGUCCGUGUCCGACGACGGGCUGGAGGCCGUCAUCUUCACCGCGCAGGGAGACAUGAGACAGGCGUUGAACAACUUGCAGUCAACCAACUCCGGUUUCGGCUACAUCGACAGCGAGAACGUGUUCAAAGUGUGCGAUGAGCCUCACCCACUGCUGGUGAAGAGCAUGCUGGGACACUGCGUGGACGGGAACAUCGACGCGGCGUACAAGGUGGUGGAGCAGCUGUGGGCGUUGGGCUACUCGCCGGAGGACAUCAUCGGAAACAUCUUCAGGGUUUGCAAGACGUACCAGAUGCCCGAGUACCUCAAACUGGACUUCAUCAAGGUGAGACGUCCCACACAAGGAAAUGAUCAGAAUAUCUGCUGA